AUGUAUAGACCAAGUUUCCUUGAUCCUGGCAGAAAGACAGUGUUUACUGCAGCUAUUGGACUAGAUCCUGUUGUACAUCAAGUGAGACGGUGCACAACAAAAGAGUACUACCAUUUGACAGGCUCCACAGUGCAUGCAAAGAAGUUUCAACAAGAAAAGGACAUUACCGGAAUCACCGCAAUUGAGUCUGCUAUACCUUCAGCGAAAACUGCCAGAAAUACCCAAUUUUUACGAUAUGUAGAUUACAUACUUGCAAACAUGGACACGUUAUUCACCUUUUAUGGCUUCAGUACUGCUAAACAUCAGUUUGACUUAUACCAAGGAAAGCAAAGAGCUCCUGACAUGACGGCCAACAUGUUGUUAAACGGCGGUGCUAAAUACAAUAGGAAGAAGCGUUUUAAAAAGAAGAACAAAAAACAAAAACGACAUAACAAGAAAACGAAGCGGUUGCACAAGAACGGAAAUAAGAAAGGAAAGAAUAAGCAACAACAGUACAGAAAGUAA